AUGACUCGCGGACACGUGGACACGACGUUUGGCAUGAAAAGAAUCCCAAAAAUCCCUGAAAGAAUUCGUUCGUUGACGAUAAGAGAACCGUACAGACCUUUUCCAAAAAAGCUCGUGCGGAUUACUAAGUUUCCUUUUCUCGUUUCAGUGUUAUCCAGCAAGAACGGCGCAGCAUCCUCUGACUCGAACUCGACGAAAGUCGUAGUAGACGAGGAAGACGACGAAUCGUUGGCAGAGAUUACGUUGGAGGAGUUCAAAGAGAGGUAUAGGAGACUGAUACCCUACAUGACAUUCUACGUAGCCAACAACUACGUGAACGGGCAGGCACAGAUCCCUCAAGUCACAGCCGAGAAGGAGGCGCAAAGUAGCCCGCUGGUGAGAAAAAUCCCACAACCGUUCACCAGAGUGAACAACGUGCCACGAAGAGGGAACAACAAUUACCGCGCGAGCGUGCAGAACCAAGACAAGAAGUUCGUUCCAUCGGUACAGUACGACCCGAGGAACGUGGGAGCUGAUAGCGACUACUUCACGCCCGUGAGAUACAAUUCGAAGAUCAAUUACGACGAGUAUUCGACACCGUACCAAUUGUACCAGGAGCAGAAGCUAGCGUCGUAUCCUGAAAUAACAACGGUAUCCAACCAGAUCACCCAUAAGGAGAACCGAUUCCAUGCAAACGUGAGACCAUUACGACCUUACACGACAAAUGGCAGAGAUCAACUGCCUAGAAAACAACCGAUUAAACCGAUCUAUGGUGCCCUGAGAGACGACUACAUCCUCGAUUAUAAUGUCAGACCGAGCAAUAAUAUCGCCCUUAAUUAUCCCGUUAAGGAUUUCCAGGAUCAUCGACAAAUUCCAUUGCCGGUUUAUCCCAAUGUAUUAGAACCUAUCCCAGGUGCUCAGCAACCCCCUAUGCUCCCUCAGCUACCUCGAAAUCCGAACGUGAACCUGCAGCAGAUAGUGGAGAGUUUUCAUCUGAGCGAGCGUUUGCCGGAAACAUUGAACAAGGAGAACAUAAACAGCAGCUUGAAGACGCUCGUCGAGAUACUGAACAUCCUUCACAAUAAGAAGAAGGAAGAGUUCCCGCAGAUCCAGGCACCGCCUCUUACACCGUUAGCGCCGGCACCUCUGCCACUCAGGGUGCCACAGAAGGCACCGAGCUACAAACUGCGACCACAUAGGCCGAAGGUGAUCACCGAGACGCGGUUCCCGGCUACACCGAAUCCACUGUACCUGACCGACGACCCUGAACGUUACAAAGUAACGUUGUACGACGAAGAAACGAAACCCAAGCCUCCGCCACAAGCCGGUUACAACACGAACAGCUUGACCAGUAACAAGGUGGUGGAGUAUUAUAUUCCUGUGGUGCAGGAAAUUCCAAUGAAACACAAAGAACAGUUCCUGCCGACGAUCAGACCGCAAGCUAACGAAGGUCCCACCGACCAUUCAUACGCGAUCACGGAGGAUCUCAGUGACGACGUGUUGCAAGAGGAACGGUAUCCGUUGCCACCUGUUACCACGGAGAGCCCUGUUUACACCUACACCACACCAAGCGAGGUCUCCACCCCGAAACAAACUGGCCCGCAGACGUCGCUGAAGUAUGGCGCCACGCGUGGGGAGGCUAAUGUAGACUACCCAGCCUAUUCCAGCAUACCCCGGACCAACUUCAGUUGCAAGGAACAGCGUUACAAGGGAUUCUUCGGUGAUCCUGACACUGGAUGCCAGGUAUGGCAUUACUGCGAUCUCAACGGCGGUAAAUCAUCGUUUUUAUGUCCGAACGGUACCAUAUUCAGUCAAGUGGCGCUGACGUGCGACUGGUGGUUCAACGUAAAAUGCGAAACGACGACUCAAUUGUACGUGUUAAACGAGCGACUGUACAAGUACAUUUUGCCGAUAAUGCCAAAGUUUCCGGAGGACUUCACCGGCCCGGAAGUAGAUCGGUAUUUGGAGCUCAAGUUUAAGGAGAUGGAGGCGAAACUGAAGGAGAAGAAGCUGAAGAAACAGCAGGAAGAGAAAGAGAAAGAAAAGCUGAAGAAUAAGCAACAAACACAAGAGAAAGAAAACGAGUGA